UGCCCCAGUUGUCGACUCAUAAUUGGAGCCCAGUGACACAGGAAGUCAUGUGACUUACCAUUAAGUCACUUGGAAAGUGACUUACCACACUUACCAAGUGUUCCUGAUCACUCAGGUACGAUUGGGGAUAUUCUUCAGUUAGAUUUUACUCUGAGAGAAACGUAUAGAAAUUAAUUUUUGUGAUUAAAUAUUUUGCUGUCACAUCAACAGUUACAAGAGUUGGCCACCAGAGGCCAUCAUCGUCCCACUACUAAUCCCAGUCAGUCCUCACACAUGACAUAAAGAAACAUGAGCCUCAUAAAUCAGUGUGAAAUGUAAACAUUUUAUAUUUUUUGUGUUCAUUCUCUCGCAGCACCGGCAAUAUUCUAUCCAUUCAGCUCAGCGGCAGGAGACACAGAACGUUUUGUUAAUUACGAUGAAAGCUACGAUUAUGUUUCCUUCUCCACUCCAUUUGUGUUCUUUGGCCGCAUGUACAACCACACAUACGUUAAUAAUAACGGACUCCUUACAUUCAGCCGACCUUUACCAGAAUCUCUCCCUUACUACUUUCCCAAAAAUGGAACAGAAGAUUUCAUUGCUCCGCUCUGGACUGACCUUGAUGACUUUGGGAUGGGCAAAUACUCAUAUCAGCAGUACACUAAUGGAAGUGUGCUCACUCGCGCCACUCAGGAUAUAAACCGGUAUUUCCCUCAGAGGGGCUUUACUGCUUCUUGGGUUUUUGUUGCAACAUGGGAUUUUGUUCAAACGCGGAAUACAAGUGUAUUUAAUCUUCACUCAGCACCGGCAAUCACGUUUCAAGUGGUUUUAAUUUCAGGAGGUGGUUUUUCUUUCAUUCUGAUGAAUUAUGGUGACUGUGCUGUGAUAAAUGAUUAUGUGGAGGCUGGAUUUGACACCAUAAACUCCACUGACUACUAUCUAAUUCAUUAUGCAACCAAUGGCAGCUACAUCCCAAACCUCAAGAACACGACUAACGUAAACGUUCCGGGCCGUUGGGCCUUUCUUGUGAACAGUGGAUCAGAAAACGUCAUUGGACUUCGAGUGAGAUUUUCCUCAUUUUCAGAUCUAACACAGCAUGGAAACAUUCCGAUUGUUUUACAGCAAAUAAAACAAGAGCUGGUCAAGUACGGUCUGCCAAGCAGCAUAGAGCUGAAGUUAAGAAAACUGCAAAAGAUAACGCCAUAAAUUCAGUCUCCUUCAGGAAAAGAAAUAAAACAGUCCUGUUUCACUUAGCAUCUGACAGCAAAUAUCCCAUUGAUCAUGUGAAGUUUGUGAAGAGCUCAGUUUUACAUUAAUGUGGUUUUAUUUGAAGGAUUAAAGGAAUAUAAAACAUCAUGAAA